AUGGGGGCACAGGACUGGGUUAGAACUGCGGGGCGAGGCAGGCGGGCGGGGCCGCGGGCGCACCUGCCAGGCAACGGCGUUGGAGGUGCCUGCGGCUGUGACGCGUCUGGACUCCCGCCUCACUCUGUGUUUCCGUGGAGACGAAGAUGGCGGUGGCGACCGCUGGACUCGUGUGGACGAGGACGAUUCGCCAGUGAUGGCAGCGACUGUUUUUGUUCCGGGGGGGGGGGGGUCCCACCUGGGUCUGAACCGAUUUUUCCUUCCUACCCGCGACCCCCUCCCCGUUCUUUCCCUGCCUACCCCGCAGAAGCCGUGGAGGACGAAGAAAGAAGGAGAAAGAUCGAAAUUGGCAGGGCGAAGCUUGCCCAGUUUCGACAAAGAAGAGCUCGAUUGGAUGGACAAAACCCUCAUAAGAAGCCAAAAAAGAAGAAAACCUCAAGCAGUAAAAAUGAUGUUCAUGGCUUGAAUAUUGAUCAACCAAAGAGUGAGGAGAUGUUGAUAAAUAGUUCUCAGGGUGUUGGAUCAGCCGUGAUGCCUGAAUCCACAAUAAUGAGAACUCUAAACAAUGAAGAAAUGCUUAAGCAUGAGCAGGUCUUUUCUUUUGAUCCGAAAAGUGAGAUUUCAACCACAGCAGAUGAUAACACUUCGGAGGUAAAUGAUUGCUGUAAUGUGGUGAAAACAGGAAAGCCUACCAAUUUAUUGAUGGUACAGUAUAUAAAACUACUCAUGAUACUAAUGUUUUUUAUUAUUUAAAACCAUUUGACUUACUAACCAAGCUUUCUCCUGUAUGUUAUUCUUUCUGUAUGUGAUUUCUAAAAGUUAUUAGAUCUUCUUUACUGCUUAACAAAACAAAGUUACCUCAUUUUCAUUAUAACAUGGAAUUGGAAGAAAAUUUGCAGAUAUGCUGUUUAGGUGCUUUUAAGGAAAUAUCACAUUAAUAGCAAACCAGAUUGCCAUAGAAGUGAACUUCAAAGUGAAGAGUGAUGUUUUAAAGUGGAUUUUGCUAUGGAAUUCAAUAUUCGAAUUCCUCUCUCAGGAAUGUUGCUAGUACUGAAUUAUUAAAAAUAUUGGAUUGAUUUAGGAAGAAGAACUUGGUGUCGUUGAUUCUUAUUCUGAACAAGGCGCACACUAUAGUGAGACGCGCCUAGAGUCGAUAGAAAGCGAAUCAGUUGGGAGACCUGAACAUGAGCCCGAAG